GUUUAUAUUUUAUACCCUGAAGAGAAGACCACUUUUAUACUUGGAUCACUCAAUUAUUGACAAAAUGAACUUGCUUCUAAACAGUUUAAGUAUAUUUCUUCUCUUGGUAGUAUCAAGUGCGGUAGCAGAGAAAUGUGAAGCAAAGCGGUAUAAUGUUGUGUGCUACUUCGCCAGUUGGUCGGUUUAUCGUGAUGGGAAUGGUGCCUUCAACAUCAGCUACAUUAUUCCGAACUAUUGCACCCACUUGGUGUACACCUUUGCAGGGUUGAACUUGGCCGGAGGCAUCGAUUCUUUGGACUACUAUAACGACAUCAAUGUUAACAAGGGUUACGCUAAAGUCGUUGAGCUGAAAGAGGAAAAUCCAUGCCUAAAGGUGAUUUUGGCUGUUGGCGGAUGGAACGAAGGUUCGGAGAAGUAUUCUUUAAUGGCGGAAUCGGAGGAAACCAGAAUAGCCUUUGCGGAUAAUGCGCUACGGUUUUUGGUUCAGUUUGGAUUCGAUGGUCUUGACUUAGAUUGGGAAUUCCCAACCAUGAGAGGUGGCCUACCGGAGGAUCGAGAGAAUUUCAUCCUCUUGCUAGAAGCAUUACGUGACAAAUUUGAACACCGAAAGAAGAUGCUGACCAUUGCGAUGAGCGCUUCAACAAGUAUUAUCCAAGAAGCAUACAACUUAACAGCCAUGUGCGAUAUCUUGGACUUUAUAAAUCUGAUGGGUUAUGAUUUCAGCGUGAAGGAAAAAACAAGCGUAGAUGCUCCGUUAUAUCCCGACCCGGCGACGAGAUCGGAUUCCGUUGAUGGAGCCAUCUCGUUUAUCCGUAAGAGUGGUUGUCCACUGACAAAAAUUAACCUCGGAAUCCCGACUGUGGCUAAGACUUAUACUUUAAAGCCGGAAUUUUCCGGACGAGCCAUGCCAGGUAUCGAUGCUCAAGGUCCAGGACGAGCGGGGCCCUUCACGAAGAACGCAGGAACUCUUGGCUUUAAUGAGUUGUGUGCAAUGAUGCAUGAAGGCAAGUGGAAUGUCAAGCCAUUGCGAAACAUCGGAGUGAAAAUCGCUGUCCUGAACGAUCAAUGGGUAACGUAUGAUGAUAGGGAAACGGUAACAGAAAAGGCACAAUAUGCCAAGGACAAAAAUUUGGGUGGUGUCAUGCUGUGGACGGUCGACACGGAUGAUUUUCAUGGCGAUUGCCACAACGAAGCUUAUCCGUUGUUGCUGGCUGCGAACAAAGUAUUUAAGUAUGUUUAAACAAUGCAAUAUAAUAUCAAUGAGCACUUGAAAAUUCAA